CCCCUCGUCGCACCGGACGCCAGGCUCGACCUGACCACCGAGCAGAUCGAAGAGACACUCAAAUACUUCCUGCUAUGUGCAGACAGAGUGGGCCAGAUGACGAAGACCUACAAUGACAUCGAUGCUGUCACACGUCUGUUGGAGGAGAAAGAGAGAGAUUUGGAGUUGGCUGCAAGGAUCGGCCAGUCGCUCCUUAAGAAGAACCGAACUCUGACUGAGCAGAAUGACUAUCUGGAGAUACAAGUGGGACAAAUCACAGAGGAGGUGGCCCAGUUGCACCAUGAGCUGAACCUGAAGGAUGAGCUGCUGCAGUUUUACACCACCGCAGCCGAGGAGAGCGAGGAUGAGUCCAGCGGCUCCCCGACGGGUAAGAAGAGUAAAGUGGAAUCGGCCUCAGGCGGCUUUGUGAGUGACACACUCCAGAGGAAACUCAAGGAGCUGGAAGAAGAGAACCUGUCGCUGCGCUCAGAGGCGCACCACCUCAAGUCAGAGACCGAAACCUACGAAGAAAAGGAGCAGCAGCUUGUCAACGACUGUGUGAAAGAACUCAGGUUGUCCAGCCUCCAGAUCUCUGCCAUAGCGGAGGAACUGGCUCGUAAGACCGAGGACGCCUCGCGACAGCAAGAGGAGAUCACACACCUCCUCUCUCAGAUAGUGGAUCUGCAAAAGAAAGCCAAAUCAUAUGCAGUGGAGAAUGAGGAGCUCUCUCAACACCUGAUGGCAGCUAAAGAUGCCCAAAGGCAGCUCACAGCGGAGCUCCAGGAGUUGGAGGAGAAGUACUCAGAGUGUAUCGAGAUGCUGCAUGAAGCUCAGGAGGAGCUGAAGAACUUGAGGAACAGAAACUACACUGCAGGAGCUCCUCGACGCUACCACCCCAUGGGGCUGUACCCGAUGGAUUCUCUGGCAGCUGAGAUCGAGGGGACGAUGAGGAAGGAGUUGAGUCUGGACGACCCCGAGUGUGAAGAACAGAAAAUCCAUCGUAAGCGUGUUUUUGAGACGGUCAAGAACGUCAACCAGACGGUCCGUCAGCGUUCACUGACUCCAACCAGCGCCAACAUCCCGGGCUCCAACCAGUCUCUGUCCGCUCGCACGUCGCCCCAGUCCAGCGGCCUCUCCACGCCCCGCUCCAGUAUGUAUGGAGGUGACAUCAGCGGAGACGGCGUUGCCCUUGACAACCGUACCCAGAGCAUCCUGAUGGAGACGGCGUCUAAUCAGGAUAGCACAGAGGGCCAAGACAAGAAGGCGAGCGGCGCCGAGGACCUGAGGGUGGCCCUGCGCCGCCUGUCUCUGCGUCGCCAAAACAACCUGAGCGAGAGGCGCUUCUUUGAAGAGGAGAGGGAGCGAAGGCGGGGAGGACACGGAGGCCUCGAUGCUCUGGGCCAGGAGAGCGUGAUGACCCCCUCAGAAAGCAUCAUGUCCCUUGGGAACCUCCACCUGUGGGCUACACGCGGGCCCUACCUCCCUGACAAACUCCAGAUCGUCAAACCACUUGAAGGCUCUGCGACCCUGCACCACUGGCAGCAGUUAGCUCAGCCUCACCUCGGCGUGAUUCUGGACGCCAGGCCAGGAGUCGUGUCAAAGGGUUACAGACCCCUUGAACUAGAGCUGGAGCAGGUUUAUCCAUGGGGGGGCUUUGAAGAGGACGAACCAGCUGCAUACUACCCAGGUAAAUGCAUGGCCCACACCAGCUCUACCUACACCUUCACAACCUGUCGGAUUCUUCACCCGACUGAUGAGCAGACGCGGGUCACACCGAGUCUAAACCCAGUCCCAGCGUCAGCCUCCUGUGUGAUGACCAGCACUCUGCUGGGUACGCCUGCUGCAACACCCUGCACACCCCGAAGGCUCAGUCUCAGGCCCUCCGAAUCCUCAACUAACCUCAGAGAUGCAACACGUACCACCAGCACCUCCCUGGGGUUAGUGCGCCUUCUCCAGGAGAGAGGGAUCUCAGCAGCGAUGUAUCACCAGAGGCAGGGCCUGGAGCAUGGUCAGGGCAGUGGAGGAGUUUUAUUCAGCACCUCCAUCACCCCUAACCGAGCGCCCAACCCCGACCCUCUGCGCCCCUCUACCCCUCCCAACUCGCCCACAGGACCGGGAGCUUCAGCUGUGCUAACCUCUGCAGGUUUCGACUUCAAGAGUCCCUCUUACGACAACUUCCUGGCCUCUAAACCAGCCCGUUCCAUUCUGAAGGAGGUGACUGGGGGGAUGAGGGGCAGGCAGAGAGGGAGGGACUGCGAAAGCCAAACAGACGUUAGCGUGACCGUCCACAACCUCAACCUGCUGGACAAGGUGAAGCGGCUGGGUGUAGCUGGAGCUUCAGGGGGAAGAGCAAUGAGUCCCGGCCCCAUGCUGGGUCCUCUGGGCGGGCUUCGCAGAUCUGGCUCCCCUUUCGGGCCCGAUGGAAUAAGAAGGAACCGGAGUUACCCUGCCAUGGUCGGGGCCAGCAUGGCCAUGAAAGCCCCGGGGCCCCAGGAGUAGUCUGGACUGCUGCUGGCCUUCAGAGUAACCACGUAGGAGCCAGGCAGGGUAAAGGACUGACUGUUGAUCAGUCACCUGGAGCCCAAACACUGACACUGUUCAUACUGUACGACAACGACGUGGCACUACUGACCAGUUUCUAAUCACUACUGUGGUUCCACACUGACACAGUCAACUUUAUAGUGCUUUUAGGUGGCGACUCAUGCUUGAAUCAAAAGCAAAGUAACUGAAAGGGGUUGGUUCACCCAAAAUAGGAAAAAAAAAAACACAUUUUCUGACUUGCCUCUACUUGUACGUAGCCAUGCAGGUAGUUUUGA